ACGGGGCCUGUGGGGGUACUGGGAGCAGCUGGGAGUUACUGGGAGCUCUUGAGACCAUGGGGAGGGGGAAAUGGGGAGCCACUGGCAGCAGGAGCUGGGAGUCACUGGGAAUAUGAGGGAAAGGUGCCACCAAUGGCCGAGAGUCACCGGGAGCCGCCGGGCACUGGUCUGCGGGGCCUCGUCCCCCCGUCGCACUUCGUGCUUCGUCCCCCCGGCCCCAGCAUCAGGUCCCUGGAGGUGGAGCUUGCGGCCGAGAGGGGGCGUGGCCAAGCCCUGGAGGCAGAGCUUGAUGCUGAAAGGAGGCGGAGCCAAACCCUGGAGGCGGAGCUUGAGGCUGAAAGGAGGUGGAGCCAAACCCUGGAGGCGGAGCUUGAGGCUGAAAGGAGGCGGAGCCAAACCCUGGAGGCAGAGCUUGAGGCUGAAAGGAGGCGGAGCCAAACCCUGGAGGCAGAGCUUGAGGCUGAUAGAGGGCAUGGCCAAACCCUGGAGGCAGAGCUUGAGGUUGAGCGGGGGCGUGGCCAAGCCCUAGAGGCGGAGCUUGAGGUUGAGAGGAGGCAUGGUCAUGACCUGGAGGCGGAGCUUGAUGCUGAAAGAGGGCAUGGCCAAACCCUGGAGGUGGAGCUUGAGGCUGAAAGGAGGCGUGUCCAGGCUCUGGAGGCAGAGCUUGCUGCUGAGAGGGGGCGUGGCCAGCCCCGGGGGGCGGAGCCUGAUGGGCAGUCCCUGGAGGAGGCCCAGGUGCUGCUCCAGGCCCGGCUCAGCGCCCUUGGCCACAUCCUGACCCUGCAGGAGCAUGAGCUGGGCCGCGAGCUGCCCCCCCCCGGGGUGCCCCUGGCAGUGGCCCCCUCUCGGCUGCAGGGACUUCUGGGGCGCUGGCGGGAGAAAGUCUUCAGCCUCCUGGUGCAGCUGCGGGUGCAGGAAGAGGUGCAGAGGGUGCUGAGGGCGCAGGUGGGUGCCCAGGUGGCUGCGACCCUCCUGGGGGGGCUGCUUAGGGGUCCCAUGUGA